AUGUUUGGGAUUCAGGAGAAUAUUCCGCGCGGGGGGACGACCAUGAAGGAGGAGCCGCUGGGCAGCGGCAUGAACCCGGUGCGCUCGUGGAUGCACACGGCGGGGGUGGUGGACGCCAACACGGCCGCCCAGAGCGGCGUGGGGCUGGCGCGGGCGCACUUCGAGAAGCAGCCGCCUUCCAACCUCCGGAAAUCCAAUUUCUUCCACUUCGUGCUGGCGCUCUACGACAGGCAGGGGCAGCCGGUGGAGAUUGAAAGGACCGCUUUUGUGGACUUUGUGGAGAAAGAGAAAGAGCCCAACAACGAGAAAACCAACAACGGCAUCCACUAUAAACUCCAGUUGCUGUACAGCAACGGAGUCAGAACGGAGCAGGAUCUGUAUGUUCGCCUCAUAGAUUCAAUGACCAAACAGGCCAUCGUCUACGAGGGCCAGGACAAGAACCCGGAGAUGUGCCGCGUGCUGCUGACCCACGAGAUCAUGUGCAGCCGGUGCUGUGACAAGAAAAGCUGUGGCAAUAGAAACGAAACACCCUCAGACCCUGUGAUCAUUGACAGAUUCUUUCUAAAGUUUUUCCUCAAGUGCAAUCAGAACUGUUUGAAGAAUGCAGGCAACCCUCGGGACAUGCGAAGAUUCCAGGUUGUCGUGUCGACCACGGUCAACGUGGACGGCCACGUGCUGGCCGUGUCUGACAACAUGUUUGUGCACAACAACUCCAAACACGGGCGGCGGGCCCGCCGCCUGGACCCGUCAGAAGGUACGGCCCCUUCUUAUCUGGAAAAUGCCACUCCGUGCAUCAAGGCCAUCAGUCCCAGUGAAGGCUGGACCACGGGGGGAGCGACCGUGAUCAUCAUCGGAGACAACUUCUUUGAUGGGCUCCAAGUUGUGUUCGGGACCAUGUUGGUAUGGAGCGAGCUGAUCACUCCCCACGCCAUCCGAGUCCAGACCCCACCGAGGCACAUUCCUGGAGUCGUCGAAGUCACCCUGUCCUACAAAUCCAAGCAGUUCUGUAAAGGUGCUCCUGGGCGGUUUGUCUACACCGCCCUUAAUGAACCAACCAUAGAUUACGGCUUUCAGAGGCUGCAGAAAGUGAUCCCACGACAUCCGGGCGAUCCCGAAAGGUUACCCAAGGAAGUGUUACUUAAGAGGGCGGCCGACCUCGUGGAAGCCUUAUACGGGAUGCCCCAUAACAACCAGGAGAUCAUCCUGAAGCGAGCGGCUGACAUCGCCGAGGCGUUGUACAGCGUCCCUCGCAAUCACAACCAGAUCCCCACCCUGGGCAACACCCCUGCGCACACGGGCAUGAUGGGUGUGAACUCCUUCAGCAGCCAGCUAGCCGUCAACGUGUCAGAGACGUCACAAGCCAACGACCAAGUCGGCUACAGUCGCAAUACAAGCAGCGUGUCCCCGCGAGGAUACGUCCCCAGCAGUACUCCCCAGCAGUCCAAUUACAACACAGUCAGCACUAGCAUGAAUGGAUAUGGAAGUGGCGCCAUGGCCAAUCUAGGGGUCCCGGGCUCGCCUGGAUUUCUUAAUGGCUCCUCCGCUAACUCUCCCUACGGCAUAGUGCCGUCCAGCCCUACCAUGGCAGCCUCUUCGGUCACCCUCCCUUCAAACUGUAGCAGUACACACGGCAUUUUCUCAUUCUCACCUGCCAAUGUCAUCUCUGCAGUGAAACAAAAGAGCGCCUUCGCGCCCGUGGUCCGGCCCCAAGCUUCCCCUCCUCCUUCCUGCACCAGCGCCAACGGGAACGGACUGCAAGGCUCUCUGCUGGGUGCUGAGGACGCUACCGUGGAGAAGACAAACUGGCCCUUUUGUGAAGUCGGUGGCAUAUUUCACUUUGAUGAACUAAUGCUCAAAAAAGGAACUGGAAAGCUAUGUCUGGGCUGGUAG